AUGUCUUUCUUUGCGAAGAAACCCGACCCGAGGGAGCAGGCCCGGGCGCAGAAGCGCGAAAUGCAGCGGCAUGAGCGUGAGAUUCAGCGCGAAGUCAAUGCCAGCCAACGUCAAGAACGGCAACUGGAGGCUGACAUUAAGCGCGCGGCCAAGGCAGGCGACAAUGCACAGGCCAAGAUGCUGGCAAAGCAGCUGGUGCAAUUGCGUGGUGCCCGUACACGCCAGCUCAAGGCCAAGGGCCAGAUUUCCUCUGCCCGCAACACCAUGUCGAUCAUGCAAACGCAUGCUGCUACCGCCAAGGCCAUGGGCACGGCCGCCAAGACGAUGGGCACGAUGAAUGCGCAACUCAAGCCAGAGGAGCUAGCCGCUACCAUGCAGCAAUUUGAGCAGGAGAGCAUGCGCAUGGACAUGGCCCAAUCCACCAUGGACGAUGCGCUGGAUGCGGCAUUUGACGAUUCAGAUGUGGAGGAGGAAAGCAGCGAGCUGGUCAACGCAGUCCUGGAUGAAAUUGGACUCGGUGUUGGCGCUCAGUUGGCCGCCCCAGUGCGGCAGCGGCCUGCUGCUACAUUUGAAGCCGAGGAUGUUGGCGAGGAUGAUUUGAUGCGGCGACUGGCUGCGCUCAAGGCACCCUCGACCUGA